AUGUCAAGCCACCCCGACUUCGAAAAGGUCCAAGCAGCACGCCCAGACUGGCGGGAGGGCGCCGAAAUCGUUUAUACCAAGUCCCCAAACCCCACUUGGAAGAAUGGCGACGGUGCAAACGAUAACGGCGAAAGUCUGAAGAAGAACCACGUCGAGAUCGACCCCAAUGCAGAUGGUCGGCCCGCUGUGAACAACUAUAAGCUUCUCAUUUCAGGAAUGGUGCCUCGGCCCAUUGCCUUGAUCAGUACUCGGUCUGCUGAUGGCAAGUCUACGAACCUGGCGCCGUUCAGUUACUCUCAGGUCGUCUGCCACGACCCUCCUCUCUUCGUCGUUGGAUUCUCUGGCUCGUUCGAGAAGGCAAAGGACACAUUGAAGAACUUGGCUGAGACGAAGGAAUGCGUGGUCAAUAUUAUCUCGGAGCAUUUUAUCGAGGCGGCUAAUUCUACUUGUAUCAAUGCUCCCUAUGGUGUCUCUGAGUGGGAGACUUCUGGACUGCACCAGGCUCCUAGUGCUGUUGUCAAGGCGGCCCGUGUUAAGGAGUCUGUGCUGUCGAUUGAGGCUAAGCUGGUUGAGAUUAAGGAGUUUGAAAGUCGCGCUACUCCUGGGAAGAAGUCUGGUUGUAUGGCUAUGGUCGAGGGUGUUCGCUUCUGGGUGAGAGAUGAUGCCAUUAAUGAGGAGAGGAGUGCUAUUGACUUGAGUGUUUUGAAGCCUGUUAGUCGGCUUGGUGGUAUCACUUACGGUCGCACUACAGAGGUUAUUGAGAUUCCUCGGCCUCAGUACUAG